AUGGACCUCAAGUCGACCGCGCUGAUGAAGCUCACGUACCUCGAGAUGUUCGGCCACGACAUGUCCUGGGCGUCCUUCAACGUGCUCGAGGUCAUGUCCAGCCCCAAGUUCCGCCACAAGCGCACCGGCUACCUGGCGGCCGUGCAGAGCUUCCGCCGCGACACCGAGGUCCUGGUCCUCGCCGAGAACCAGCUCAAGAAGGACAUUAUGCUGCCCACGCCGCCCUUCAUCUCGCUGCCGCUCGGCGCCAUUCCGCACGUCAUCAACCCGAGCAUGGCCAACUCGGUGCUGUCCGACCUCAUCCCGCGCCUGACCCACUCUAGCCCGCAGAUCCGCAAGAAGACAGUCGUCACACUGUACCGCCUGGCGCUCGUGUAUCCAGAGACGCUGCGCCCGGCAUGGCCGAAGAUCAAGGAGCGCCUGUUGGACGAGAACGAGGAUCCAAGCGUGACGGCUGCCAUUGUGAACGUGGUCUGUGAGCUGGGGUGGAGAAGGCCGCAGGACUUUCUCCCCCUGGCACCACGCCUGUUCGACCUGCUGGUCGAGGGCGGAAACAACUGGAUGGCCAUCAAGCUGAUCAAACUUUUUGCAACCUUGACUCCCCUCGAGCCGCGACUCAUCAAGAAGUUGCUGCCUCCAUUGACCAAGAUCAUCCGUGAGACGUCGGCCAUGUCUCUUCUUUAUGAGUGCAUCAGCGGCAUAAUACAGGGCGGUAUCCUAGCUGCCGUGGAAGGCACUGCAGAAGGCGAAGAAGUAGCAAAGCUGUGCGUUGGCAAGCUACGAGGCAUGAUGGUCAUAGAAGGCGAUUCCAACUUAAAAUACGUUGCACUCCUGGCAUUCGAGAAGAUCGUUGGCUCGCAUCCAUACCUUGUCGGUCAACAACAGGACGUGAUCCUGGAGUGUAUUGACGAUCCCGACAUCUCCAUACGGAUGCGCGCCCUUGACCUCGUCGUCGGAAUGGUCAAUCCUGACAACCUCACAGCCAUUGUUGGUCGUCUUAUGCGCCAGCUCCGAAACGCACCCAUAGCCACUGGAGUCGAUGACUCAGAACACGAUCGCCACAGGAACACUGCCAUUGUCCCCUACGCAGACUCCGAUGAGGAAGACGCGGAGGAGGCCCUUCCAUCCCAUGAGCAGACAUCUGAUCAGCCACCGCCGUUACCGGAUGACUACAGAACUAACGUCAUCCGAAGAAUACUAGAAAUGUGCUCGCGGGAUACUUACAGCAACGUGGCCGACUUUGAGUGGUACAUUGAUGUACUGACCCAACUCGUCAGGGUUUCGCCUGCCACGAAGCAUGCGUCGUCUGCAAUAGACGAGAAAGAUGGAGAAAACUCUGACGAUGUAGGCGCUGGCAUUGGGCAUGAAAUACAGAAUGUUGCGGUUCGAGUCAGAAGCGUACGUCAUGAGGCUGUCGACGCUGCGCAAUCCUUAGUGCUCGUGGACCAUAGAGACCGAAUGUUCCCUACCUCGGGCAAUGGUGGCCAAGGUGUAUUGGAAUACGCUGGCUGGCUCGUAGGAGAAUAUGCAACGUACCUCUCCCAGCCAGAACCCGUCAUGACUUCACUAUUGCAUCCUUCGUCACUCCAGCUGUCAUCGAGAACACUUGCUGUAUACCUACAGGCAAUUCCCAAGGUUUUUUCAAGCAUAGCUGGUAACGAGCGGGUAUCCUGGACCCCGGAACGAAAGACGCUCAUGUCAUUGUUGAUGGCUCGCGUCAUCCACUUCCUUGAGCCACUCUCGACACAUCCUAGUCUCGAAGUCCAGGAGCGCGCAGUCGAAUACCUUGAAUUGUUGCGAUUAGCAGCCGAAGCAGCUUCCGGAGCACCGACUGACACUGAGGGCGACUUCACAGAGCCACCACUUCUACUUACACAAGCCAUACCCGCCCUUUUCUCUGGCGCGGAGCUCAACCCGGUCGCACCGGGUGCCCAGCGCAAAGUCCCUGUCCCAGAGGACCUCGACCUCGACACCCCCAUCAACCCAAAUCUGCACUCUCUUCUUUCUCAAGCCGAGCAGGAAGGCUUCGAAACAGAAGAAGAUGACGUGUAUGCUGCCUAUAGCGAGCCAGUUGCCUCUUACACCAACUCUGAGCCUACUCCAGCUCCAGCAGCCGACCGUCUCGAUGCUCCUCAAAGAGAACCAGCGUCUUAUCAGAACGCCGUGGAAGAGGAGUAUCUUGAUCCGGACAUCAUAGCCCGCCGGAGAGCAGAACGAAGAGAACGCUACAAAGAUGAUCCAUUCUACAUCGACCCCGAAGGCGGCAGUGGCGCCGUCACACCGCUUAGCAAGAUCGUUCGCGAUGGAAACCAAGAUGGUAAUGAUUUGGACAUCGAUUCGAUACCAAUCAUGGACCUUGAUCUUUCCACGAAUAGCCGUCACGCAUCCUCAGAUAAUAUACCCCGUGCUCGCAGCCCUCGCAAGCCAUUCCGCAGAGUGGAAAUCAUGGGAGACGAGACACUCGGCCCCGCAUCGGAAGAUGUCGACCGCGAAGAUAUCGUCGCGCCCAAAGCAACAAACACGCGUAACCAGAAAUCGCUACUGCAGGUCGACAGCGCAGGUCUGGCAUCUUUAUCUCUCGAAGAUGAGGGCACGAGUGCGAACCGUCGCCUUACUGCGCUGGAGAUUGAGCGUAAGGAGCAAGAGGAAGCCGAGAUGGCGCGUGCCCUGCAGGCUAUCGAGCGAUCGAGAUUGGAAAUGCAAAGGGCGAGUGAGCGGGUGGAUUACACUGAGGGGAGUGUGGUUAAGAAGAAAAAGAAGAAGGUCAGAAGGGUUGCUGUUGAGGGUGAUGAGGCGCAAGAAGCACAAGCUGUGGGGGAAGAAGAAGAUGCGCAGCCACUUAAGAAAAAGAAAAAGAAGAAGGUCAAGCCCGAGGGUGAGACAGAGAAGGCAGACGACGUGCCUGAGGGAGAGGUGAAGAAAAAGAAGAAGAAGAAGAGAGUUGUAGUCAUAGAUGAAGGCGUGUAA